GUGGGGAAAAAGAAAAGAAAAACAGCCAAAAAGAGAAGGAAAAAAAGAACUCGAGCGAUGCACUCCUGGACGCAGAGGCUGCUGGCCGCGGCGACGACGGCCACCCUCCUCCUCCUCGCCGCCUGCGUCGCCGCCUCCGCUCUCGACGCCUUCCACGUCCCUGCCGUCCAAGCUCAAGCCCAUGUUACGAAGAUAAACCGGUUCCACAAACAGAUUAAUGGGAACGACAAGGUGACAUUGACCUUCAAUGUAUCUGCAGAUUUGGAAUCACUAUUCACAUGGAACACAAAGCAGGUUUUUGUCUUCCUGACCGCUGAGUAUGAAAACGCAAAGAAUGCCCUGAACCAGGUUUCAUUAUGGGACCGUAUAGUACCUGACAAAGACCAUGCGAAACUGCAAGUGGAGGUGAAGAGCAAGUAUCCUCUGAUUGACCAGGGAAGCAGCUUACGAGGGAGGAAAGUUCAGCUGGUUCUCCACUGGCAUAUAAUGCCGAACGCCGGCGUAAUGAUCCGAGGCAAGAUGCCUCUUUCGGAGUUCAACCUGCCAGAUGCCUAUACUUCCUGAAAACAAAAGCUGGAUCCCUCUGCUCCCAUCUGAUAAAUUAUGUAGUAGGCUCACAGUUGUAGACUUGGGGCGCUUGUCGUCUCUAGUGAACAAGCAGCAUUCGCUAAAGACAGCGUUGUCACUUGUUAAUUCCUAAUUUUGUCUGGCAUGCAUAUAGUGGAUAUCUUAUAAUGGACCAACCAGUGAAUAUAUCAUUCGAUGAGUUCUGAACAA